CAUCUUUCAAUGGACACCAAAACAUAACAACAAACAUAUCCAAAAAAAAACAAUGGCCACCAUUUUCUCAUCUCCACCACCCAUUUUCUCCUCCUCCACCACCACAACCACCACCGCCACCACCACCACCACCACCACCACCACAACCACCACCAUCUCAAAACCACUCAUCUCUUUCAAACACCAACACCCACUACUAACCACCACCUUAACAGCAACAGCCACAGCAGCAGCCAUAGCCACCAUUCUCACAACCUCACCCCCCUCCAUAGCAGCAGAAUCAUCACCCCCCUACAAUCUCUACUACGGAACAGCCGCCAGCGCCGCAAACUACGGCGGCUACGGCGGCAACUCCAACAAGAAAGACUCAGCCGAAUACAUCUACGACGUUCCAGAAGGCUGGAAGGAGCGUUUAAUCUCAAAGGUCGAAAAGGGUACAAAUGGAACAGACAGUGAAUUCUAUAACCCAAAGAAGAGAACAGAGAAAGAGUAUCUGACUUACCUUUCUGGGUUUCGUCAGUUAGCUCCAAAAGAUGCGGUUUUGAACAACUUGGCUCUCUCUGAUGUGAAUUUGCAGGAUAUUAUUGGUAGUGCUGAUAAUGUGAGUUCUGAAGAAGUGAAGGAUGAUAAGGGUCAGGUUUAUUAUGUUUAUGAGAUUGAUGGGGUUGGUUUUCAUAGCUUGAUUUCUGUUACUUGUGCUAAUAAUAAGCUUUAUGCUCAUUUUGUUAAUGCUCCUGCUCCUGAGUGGAAUAGAGAUAAGGAUGUUCUUACUCAUGUUCAUAAGUCUUUUAAGACUCUUGGGUAAUUGUAAUGUGUCUUUUUGAUGUAUAGAUAUUAUGGUUGUUGAAUAAUGGAUAUUCUAUAAUGAUGAGAAUGGUGUUUUGUGGUUAA